GAGAUGGAUGUGCAGCUGCAGGUGGAGCGGGAGGAGGAAGCGUCUCGGCAGGCCGUCCUGGAGCAGGAGAGGAGGGACCGGGAGCUGGCGCUGAGGAUCGCUCAGAGCGAGUCCGAGCUCAUCCCCGAGGAGGGGACCAACGACGCGGGGCUGCGCAGUAACGGCUCCUCAGUUCCAUCGUCCCCAGAGAGAGCAGCCUCUGCUGGAACCACAAAACUCAAGAGCUUGACCAUGGAAGAGAUGGCGAAGGAAAUGACUGAACUUCUGGCUCGAGGUCCACAGGUCCAGGCCUCCAAGGCGGCUGCUGCCGGGACCAAGAAGUACGAGCUGAGCAAGUGGAAGUACGCCGAGCUGCGAGACGCCAUCAAUACCUCAUGUGACAUCGAGCUGCUGGCCGCCUGCAGAGAGGAGUUCCACCGCCGGCUCAAAGUUUACCACGCCUGGAAGUCAAGGAACAAGAAGAGGAACACGGAGACGGAGCAGCGGGUGCCCAAAUCCAUCACUGAUUACGCCCAGCAGAACCCGGCCCCGCCCAUCCCGGCCCGGCAGUACGAGGUGGCCAUGAACCGGCAGCAGCGCUACUUCCGCAUCCCGUUCAUCCGGCCGGGCGACCAGUACAAAGACCCGCAGAACAAGAAGAAGGGCUGGUGGUACGCUCACUUCGACGGGCCCUGGAUCGCCCGGCAGAUGGAGCUGCACCCGGAUAAACACCCCAUCCUGCUGGUGGCGGGGAAGGACGACAUGGAGAUGUGCGAGCUGAGUCUGGAGGAGACGGGCCUCUCCAGGAAACGCGGCGCCGAGAUCCUCCCCCGGCAGUUCGAGGAGAUCUGGGAGCGCUGCGGCGGGAUCCAGUACCUCCGCAGUGCCAUCGAGAGCCGGCAGGCGCGACCCACCUACGCCACGGCCAUGCUGCAGAGCAUGUUCAAGUGACGGGGGCCCGGGGCCGGGGCCUCGCACCGCAAACAAAGGGACAAACGCACCAGCUACCUGACACAGAUGGUGUCACACGUGUGAGCGCACUGCAGCAGGUUCUGACUGGCAUUGAGCGAUUCUCUCCCUUUUGUUUUUCUUUCUUUCUUUACUUUGCUGGCUUCAGUUCCUCAGAGAGGGGGGAGGGGGGGGGGGGGUUGUUUUGUUGAACCCUAUGCAGAAAUCACUAAAUUAUCACAUCCAAGGAGUUCUCCUCUCUGUAACCUUCUGCGAGUCUAACGACGAGGCCUUAACACUACUUUAACAGGGUUUAAUCGCCGGGAGUAGGACUUGAUUCUUUGUUCAGCGCCGCCUCCCCGAACAUCUUAAUUCCUUUGUAAUUCUCCUGAUUACGACACUGAAGUCUCGCCGGUGUGUCGCUUCAUCCUAACAGCUAGCUGGUGACCCCUCCCCGAUGUUAAACCUGCUGUUUACAUUGUCUCCAUGUGGUUCUUUCAGGGCGCUCGCACAAGGAGCCGUCACCGUGAGGCCGAGCUGCACAAGUGUCAGAUUCUCCCACUUCCUGUUUGCUAAAUCUUCCUCUUUUUCUUUCCAACCGAAUGUAACCUGAGACCUCGUUGAUUGGUUCAUGUAGUGAUUCCUCUCCUCCUCGUCACGUGUGAUUAAACGCGUACAUUAAUGAGAAAACGUUCCAGACCAGACGUCGAGCCCCGCUGAGGGGUUCUGGCGGCCCGAGCGAUAAUCCAGCUCUGUGAUUCGUUGGUGUUUUUUUUCUUGUGGUCUGCGUUUCUGAAGCGAAGCAGAAAAUGUGAAAUAAUUAUGCAACUCCUCGUGGGCUGUUUGAGAACAGAUCAGCGCUGCAAAAAAAAAACUCAGUCAUGCCAUCUUCAGCAUCCCUUCAGAUUAACUUUCAACACGAGGAAACAAUUUGCCAAUGCAGUGAUUCCUCAGACAGGGUCACGCUCUCAUCGAUUCUCCUCACAGUCGAUCACAGUCCAAAUCACGCAGGAUCGGACGUUGUUGUUGUUAGCUGUACGAUGCACUGGUACUCAUCCUUGAACUGGAACCUUCUUAUAACACUGAAUAGUUUCUAUACAGCGGGUGCAGCUCGUACAGGAAACGGCGACACGCUAACUGGAAUGUGAACGUUAUUUUUCAGAGAGCGGUUUCUACUCGUGGCUCGAGCAGGAGAAGCAAUAAAUCAAAGCUCGGAGGUUUAAGAGACAAUCUGCUGCUCCGUUCACCUGAUGCCAAGUCUGUUCCUGAGCUUUCUGUCUUUCACUCUCUUCUUCUGUACCACCAACGAUGACUUAGAUUCUCCGUGGAUCACCUUCCUCAGCGGUAUUAAGACGCAGGAACACAACCGAUCAUUGAACCCAGAACGACAGAAAGCUAAACUGGGAGGUUCAACCCCAAAAAUAUAAAUCCCAAUCUUUAAAAAUUACUUAUUGUAUCUUUAAUCUGAUCAUCCAAUCAACCAAAUUGCACCUCAUUCAGACCCGGGUGAUCUGAGGUGUUCUCCUGUCUGUUCAGAAGCUUAAUGCCGGCUGUGAAGGUGCCACGUUCGGAGCUCUGUCCACCAUUAGGUCUACCACUGAGUCCUGAGCUGGAAGUCUUUCCUGUGACGUUAAAGAAACUGUCCUGCAUUUGCUACGAUCUGUUCCUCUCCACACAUUACAAUCAUUCCUCGGGAAGCACUGCCUUUGUCCACUCUGUCGUUUUUCUAACGCUGAUCUCUCUAACAGAUGAAUAAAUGCAUUCCAUGUUUCACUCA